GGAAUUCGGAAAUUCGGUGCAUUCCGGAGCAAGUGAUUCAGUCAGUCUGUGUCAGGCUGCGCGACACACGGUCGCUUGUGCACGUAAUUUUUGUCACAAGACAGAGAAGGAAGAAAAAAAGAAAGGAGGAAUUUUGGUAAAGAAAUUGAUAGUGUGAGUUUUUUAUUUUAUUUUCCUCGAUUACUUUUUGGUUUUCCUCCGGACAUUGAAGGAUUCUGUGGGGUGGUGGUGUGUCAAAAUACAAUUUUAAUCGAGCAAAGAGAGAGAGAAAAAAAGUGAGUGCAAAGUGGAGUGAAUUUUUCAUGGUAAACUCUCGAGUGUGACCCCCAUAGGACAGAAGAGAUAUUCAUAUUUUUUCAUUUACAAGGAAGAAGUAAAGAUCAAUUCAAUCCCAGUGACUUGAUACGAUAGCACAGGACCCCAUAGGUGGUCGGUGGGUAGCGUAGUGGUGGACAAAGGAGUGCGUAGAGGCGAGGAAUUUGCCCCGAAGAAAAAAAAUCGUGAGAGAAGUCUUCAUUUUGGCAUUAAGAAAAAGACAGGGGAAAGGUAAGGUAGCAGGAAGCCCCACUUUUGGGUGACAUUUUGCCAUAUUUGGCAAUUUUUUCCCCACACCCAGUGCUGCGGAAUCCCUCGGCAGGACAUCCCUCUGCAGUGUGGUGCUGGUGAAUUGGCGCACCCCAUCAAGUGGGCGCUGCAAAUUCGAAAGGUUUUUUUACGUGGCACAUUUGAAAGCAACUCAAGAUGGCCGCCCUGUGCACUGGUAUUUCAUAUGGUUUGUCGCAGCUGCAGGGAUCUGCCACCUCCACGGAUGGCAAGGAGUUGAUCUUCGUGAAGCUCACUGAUUCAGCUUAUCGUGCCAUUGAGGAAUUUCAGCGAAAUCAAAGCAAAACCUGUUCACAAGCAACAAUACAAUUUCUCGGAAAUGAAGGGUUUAUCUCGUUCCCAUCUGUUGCAAACAGUGGUGGACAAAAAUUCAGUUUCUCCCUGUCGGAGAUUGAGGGUCCCGCGGGAUCUUUCGAAUGUAUCCAGCAGAGUCAGGGGCAACUCGAUGUUUUGGGCACAUUGUCCAACAAAAUGCGAAUACAUGCCAAUGAUGAUGUGUAUGAAACGACGAAACAUAGAAUGGCUGUGGCUGAGGAAAAUCAGAAAAACAAAUGUACUCGAGAAAUAAAACCUAAUCAAACAGACAUCGGACGGCGAGUAAAGCUGAAACCAUCGAGUAAUCGUCUGAGUAACAUUCCUAGCAAUUCUUCUUCAAGUUCUACGUCUUCGAUAACACCAUACAACAAACGUGAUUCAUUUCACCUCAAUUCAGCAGCUUCUGCAUCAAAUUCAACUAGUGUUUUAAAUAGUAGUAGUAAUAAUCUUACCAAUAAUCAUGGUGCGACGUCUGCGUCGUCGCCAUCGCUCAAGGCGACAAAUGGGAUGACGACGGGGAGUCGAAGUCUCGGUGUCGCCGCCGGAGUGAAUGGUGGUACCCAAGUGUUUGGAAGUGGAGCAAGUAGAGUGCCUAAUAGAGUUGCCAAUCGGAGUAAUCAGAGUUCAUCUUCACGAGGUGGGAAUCCCGACAUCAUGAAGAGAUCGAUAAAAGAAAGGCUGAUUCACUUAUUAGCGUUAAGGCCGUACAAAAAACCUGAAUUGUAUGCAAGAAUAGUCAGUGAGGGAGUCAAGGACCGUGAUAGGAACAACAUUAAGAAUAUUCUAACGACGAUAUCUUACCUAAGAGAUAAUACUUAUCAUCUGAACCGACACAUAUGGAACGAUGUGCACGAAGAUUGGCCAUUCUACACGGAACAAGAUAGGCAGAAUCUUAAGAGGCGAAAACCUCAGAAUCUAACACCACCACUGAGUUCCGAUGGGGGCUCGUCGACAUCUGGCCAAAGUCCGACGAGUACGCACAAUGGUAGUCCGCCACCGGCUGUGAAGCGGCCAGCAAUGAACAGUGACAAAUUUUUGGAGGGUCCUGUGAGCAAAAAGACACGAAUAAGUAGAGUUGGGAAUGCCAAUCAUGAUGCGAGGCGAGGAAUGACUGACUCUCGAGACUCUGCCAAUAUGAAUCCUCGCUCAAGGGAGCAUCAUGAUGACAUACGAUCCUCUAAUAGUUACUAUGGUUCCAAUUCGACCCCAACAACACAAGAGUCUGAGGAUAGUGGAUUGAGUUUGAGUUACUCAGUUUUGCGAUCAGAUGCAGCACAACGGUUCCUGUCAUCGAGUUCAUCGUCAGCGGAUACCGAAGCGCAGCAUCAUCAUCGGUAUGGGGAGGAUGUCAAUGAUUUAAGGAAUGAUGCCGGGAAACUCAAUGGAAGCGCUCACGAUUUCACCAGUCAAUUCAGGAGGAUAGAAUCAAUUGAACAGAGGAGGGAAUAUAAGUCAAUAUUCGAUAAGGAAUAUGCGGAAUACCGUAAAUUGCAUGCUGACAUCGAUCAGGUAUCGAAGAAGUUUGCUGAACUGGAGGAGGCUCUCAGGUUUGAGGAGAAGAGACUUCGGCGGGAGGAACGAGAUGAUCUGAAAUAUCGUGUUAGGGAAAUUCAAAAGCGAAUUCUCAACGAGUACAAAGAAACCAUGCGAAACAGGAAUCAUUUGGAGUCAAAGAAACGGUUUCAAUAUUUACAUCAGAAACUGUCGCAUAUCAAGAAGCUUGUCAAUGAAUUUGAUCUAACGCUCACCAAUGGCAAUGGUAUUCUCACGCAUUCGGGCUACUGACGAUUAGUUAUCGUUAUUGCAACUGUUGGUGUAUACAAUUGAGGAUUGAUGAUUACAGGAUGACACAAAGACACACACAGCCACAUAAUUACGUAAGAAAUUUCUCUCUUUCGUGUUUGAAGGAAAAACCAAGAAUGGAAAAAUCGAGAAAAAAAAAUAAUUUUACGUGCUAUACGGGAGGAAAAGUAUCCGUGUUUGAAAAAGAAUAAUGCAAUUAAUGCACCAUCAAUUUGCAUUCCGUCAUCGUCCCUUUUGGAAGAGAAGAAAAAAGAAAGAAAUGAAAAAACAGUGAGAGACACACCCGCAUCGUUAUUUUUUAAAGAUUAAAAGAAAAAAAAUAAGCCAACACUCUCUCCAUUAUGAUUAUGAGUUGUUUUUUUGGUUCAGUUUUCUCUCCCUUCUUGUUUCUUUUUGCUUUUGCAAUAAUUUUACCAAAAAAAAAAAUGUAAAUGCAAAAAUGAACAGAAGCAUAAAAUGAGAAAAAAUACUGUUAAAGAAGAUGAAGAAGAAGAAAAUAAUGUUUAAAAAAAAAAAGGAAAAGAAAUGGAGAAUCGAAGAGAGGAGCAUACACCACGAGAAUAAUGAUUUAAACAAUGACGACUCUGGCCAUUCUGAUUAUUUAUGUUUUAAUUAUUAAAUAAUAUUUUUAUUAAUUAAUUUUUAAUAAUGUACAUAAUGUGAAAUGAGUAUACAGUUACAUUUAUAAAUAUUUGCAAAAUACAUGUGAAUUCGUUCUUGAAAAAACGCAAACAGCAUGCAAAUACACACGAGACAGAUUUUAGGGUUAGUUAGUGAGAUGUUUUUUUGAAUGAUGAAAGUGUAGAAGAAGGGGAAAAAAACUAGGAGAAAAUGCUAUUUGAACGUAUUGAAAGGAGAAAAAAAAUUGAAAAGAUGCAAUUCUUAUCAAAUUGAUGCACAUUUUUUCUUGGGAUUAACUUUAAUUUUUCCAUUAGGGUUUUGUGUUUUUUUUGCGCAUAAUUAAUUGCAAUUAUUUCUGUUGAUGAUGAAUGCUGAAGAAUAAGAGUACAGAAAAAAAAAUAAUUUGAAUAUGUAAAGAAUAUUGGGAGGAUGUCGUAGGAAAUAUCGUUAGGAAAACGAAUUUUCCAAUGUGAAUUAUUUGUUAAAAAUAUUUUAAAAAUGUUUUUUUUUAUUUGAAAUAAAGGAAAAUAAUAAAUCUGUUUUUGGAAUGUAAAUGGGAAUAAAAUCGAAGGUUUUGAGAAAUUUUGAACAAAAAAAAAUAUCGGGGAAUUGUCUCCGGAAUCUUGGAAGAGUCUCCAGGGGAAACUUCCAAGGAAGUCUUGUGGAUGUUCCAUAAUUUUUCUUUGGAUACUUCAAAGUUUUCUAAAACGAUUACUUAAAAAAAUUUCAAGAAUAAUUUUCCAAAUUCUUAGUUUAUCAUAAAUAUUUUUAUUGUGUCUAUGAAUGACAUGUCCAUGGAUGUCGUAAGUUUUUUUCCACAGGGUAUUUCCCUGUGAAUCUUUUUCCAUAAUUUACAGUGAUCUAUCGCACAGAAGAUUUUUGGGAUUUCAUCAUCAACAGAUUGUUUUUAAUAUGAUUCCUUGUUAACCAAUAAAAUUCUUGUCAUGUAUAAAAAAAAAAGUUAAUAUUUUCGUGCAAUUUUAUAAACAAUUUCUUCAGUUAUUAAUUUCUGUGUUGUUCCCCAUAAAAGAAAAAGACAAGAAAGAAAGGAAAAAUGGAUGAAAAUAGAAGAGAAAGAAUGAAAAGGAAAUGUGGAGAAAUUAACGUGAUAUGGGAUUUUGUAGGUUUAUUAAAAUGUGCAAAACAAUUUGAGUAAAAAAGAAAAGGAAAUUUAAUUAAAAUAAUCCUGCCAUAUGGUUCUCUCCCUAUAUUGACAAAAUGUGUCAUAUUUAUUAAGGAAAAAAAAUGAAGUUUUAAAUUUUUUAAAAUCAAUCAAACACAGUUUAAAAGAUUAUUAUUCGUCCAAACUUCCAUACAAUGCCAUCUUUUUUAGCAAUAUCUAUGCCACACGCGGGGGUGAUGAAUGUUACUUUUGUUAAAUUGAUGAAGAAGAAAAAAAAUGUUUUUUUUUUGUUUUCAGUAACUUGAAGAAAGAUUUUUGAAACUUCCACAAACUCUUAAAUUUUCCACGAAGAAUUUUCACAAUUCUCUUGAAAUUUAUUGCAAAACUAUCAUUGAUUCCCAUUAAAUUAUUCUUUUUCUUUAAUAAUUAAAAAAAAAUGUUCCUAAAAGGUCUUUAAAAGACAGUUAAGAUUUGCAAUAAUUAUCUUGGGAAAUAAAAUGAGAAUUCCACGGAAAAUUUCCACAUUGUUUUAAAAGAGAAAUUUUCAAAGACUUUUGUAAAAAAAAAUCCGUUAAAAAAUAAAUUUUUCUUUUAAAAAUUUGUGGAAAUUUUUCAACCAAAAGAAAAGUUUUUUAGAUAAAAUUCUAAUAGACAAAAGUAACAUUGCACCGCACCCCCUUUGUCCUCAAUCGGUUGACUAAUUUUCUUUUCUCUGUCCACCAAAUCAAUGAUAUAGAAAAAAUGAAGUUUUUUCUUUAAAAUAAACACAAAAGCCAUCCAAUUCGUCUAUAAAAAAGAACAAAAGUCCAUGUAAGAGGAAGAAAAGAAAUAUUAUUUACGGAAAACAAAAAAAUGCCAACCAUCCAGCAAAAACUUUUUAAAAAGGGAAUUUUCAAUUCGGCCAAAUUGUUUUUAAGAAGAACCCUGCGUUCUUUUAUAGUAGAGUGUGUCGUAGCACUUUCAGGUCGUCCAUUGAUAACUUUUUCAGUCCCCCGACCCCCUCCUGAGAAGUUAAAUGAAAAACAAAAGGAAUUGAGUUGGAUUCUGUUGGAAAUCUUUUUUAUUUUUCUUUUACAAAUUGUCAGAUUUGAUAGAUUUAAAAAAUUAUGGCACAUUUGGACCUAUCAAGGACAACAUCUAAUUGCUAUAAAAUUGAUGGACGGUGCCCUCAUUUUCCUUAAAUGACAGUAGCGGUGGAUUUCGAAAGCUUAUCGAUUUAUAGCUAUUGGGAGUAGACUCUUAAGGGCAAGCUUCUAACUGCUAUACACACAAAAGCUUCCGAGAUUUCACAUCAGAGACAGCUGUAGGAAAAUGAGGGCGCUGUAUGUCAAUUUUAUAGUUCUAAGAUAUUGACAUUUAGCUAAGACACCUUCGUUCUAAAAAAAAGUCUUUUUCUUAUUUUCUUCUUGAAAAUUCCAAAAAGUGUAAUUUUAAUUAUAAUUUAAGAGUAAUUCUAAAGUUUUUUUUUUAAAUCAUUUUCCGGUACUUAUCUUGACUAAAAUGGAUACUAUAAAAUAUUUUUUGCUACAAUACAAAAUAUAUUUAAAAAAAAAUACAUACAAAAUGAGAAAAACUGAAAAGAUUUUCCACAGAAUCAACUUUGUAAUUUAAAUUAUUUAAAUGUGUUUUAUUGUUUCAUAUUCUUCGUUAGAUAAAAAAAAAGUUAAAUAGAGACCAAAGUAUAGAAAAAUAGUUUGUGUGGGAAACAAGAAAAUUAACCAAAAGAAUCAUCAAACUUUUAAGAAAAAAAAUCAAGAAAACCAUCUUGCAGAUAUUUUCUGUGGGUUUUUCAAAUUGACAAAGAAAAUGUAGAAUUCUACAGAAUUUAAAAAGAAAGAAACUUGAAAUUAAAAUAUAUUAUACAAUAUUCUAUAAAUUUAAAGAGAAAAUAACCAUAAUUUAUUAUAAAUGUAUUUGGAUAAAAAAAAACAGAAGAUAUACAAUUGUAAAAUAUUUUUGUAUAAAUAUCUCAUGAUAGACACAUGAUUUUGUGUCUCAACAAAGUGAAAGUCAUAAAUUAUGUAAAAAUGAAAAAGGAAUAGGUUAGGUUUAGAAAAUUAUAGGGAACUGUAUUUGAGCAGAAUUUUUAUGGUUGGAUGAAUAUAAAUAUUAUGAACUGAAAGAAAAAAAAAUUAAGCAAUUUUGCCAUUUUUAACAGCUUCCUGAGAAAUUUCUUUUCUUCCUUUAUUUUAUUAAUUUUUUUUUACCUUUUGUUCUUUUAGCAUGCAGACUGACUUUCUUUUGUUCAAUAUUUUUUUUCCAGAAUUUUCUUUGCUCACAAUGUCAAAAUAAAUUUAUUCGUUGAAUUAGAAAAAAAAAUAUAUAAAUGAAAAUAUUUUUGAAAUUUUAGCCAUAACACAAGUGCUAUAAAUUUGACAUAUAAUGUCCAUUUGACAGUAUCUUGUAUGACACGAUUAAAUUUGACAUUUAAUGGCUAAAUGACAGUACUUGCUUGACAGUUGUCCGUUUUCCUUUCUCAAAAUGCUUCAUCAAGUGCUUCCUUAUACGGAAAUUUUUCAUUCAAAACUGUUCAAAAUAUUAUUCAAUUUUAAAAAUUAAGAAUUAAAAUAAAAUUUUCAUGAAACUUCCCCAGUUGGGUUGAAAAAGGAAACCUUUCGACCUUUUCUUAGAUAAUUUUUCUUAUUACAAAGGAAUGUUGCUAAUUUAUAAUUUUUUUGAUUUGUUUGUUGUUUUCACUGCUUAUCUGCCUUCCAACUCUUAAAGUAAUAUUUAUAUUUAAUAAAAAAAAAAAAACUAAUAGAGAAUUUCAGAAAAAAUUUUAAGAAAAUUAUGUUAGGAAGAAAAAUAAUUUGUAAAUAUUUGCACAAUGGAAAAAAAAUUAAAAGAGUUUGUAUAUUAAAUAUCAAAACAAAAUGAAACUUUUCUCAAAAAAAUAUCAACAAGCUAUUUAAUGAAAAAAAAUAUUGCUCAUAAAAAGUAUAUAUUUAGUAACAUAAUAAGCAAACUGAUCAGAACUUAUGCAUAAAAAAUAUAUAUUUUGGUUUUUAAAUGAAUGGGAAAUUGUGAGUAAAAUGAAAAAUAUGGAAGUUUUUACAGGAAUUAUAGAAAAAGAAAGUUUUUAAAAUGAGAAAAUAUUAACCAAAAUGGAUAUCUUAUGACUUUCUAAAGACAUUUUGAAUACAACGUGAAUUUUUUCACUGAAAACAUUUUUUGCAGCAAACAAAAAUAAAUCAGAAAAAAAUAAUUUUUAAAAUUUACUUAAAGAGAAAACACACAAGCACUCAAAUGAAAAUUAAAUAACUGAAAAUUCUCAAUCUUUUGUAAUUACCAACAAGGGGAGAAAAAAAAUUAGAAAAUAUUCUUUUUUUUUUUUGUUUAAACAAAUUGAAAAAUCUUAUUGAGCAUUUUUUCCACAGAGAGCAAUGAAUAUUUAAAUGAGGGGAAAAAUGGAAUAAACAUUCAACAGAAAGUUAAACUGUGUAAAUAGUGCAAGAAUUAUUUGUCACGAUCACUGUUAGGAAAGUCAAAAAUGUUUUUUUUUCUUUUUAAAAAAUUAACAAUUCAAUUUAAGAAGUUACUUUUUAUGGCAUCGGAAAAAAUGAAGGAAUCUCACGAUAAUUCGAAAUGCCAUUUAAACGUCACUAUGUCAUUAUUGACAGGAGGCCAUUUUGAAUUUAUUCUCCAAACUAACCUUAAAAAAUUCCUUAUUUAUUUUCUUUUGACUUUACUUUCCAGUGAUUGUGAUUAGUAAAAACUAAUUUUCAGACUGUAGAAUUUCUAGUGGAAUACAACAUUUAAAUGAAAAUAUUACAAUUUCUAUUGUCUAAAGUCUUUGUAGAGAAGAAAAGGAAAGAAAAACAUGUUAUUGUAUUAAAAACAAAACAAAAACAAACGUAGGUUUAAUCUCAAGAAACUUGCGCAUGAGAUAUUUAAGUGAAUGAAAAACCCUUAAAAGAAUUUUUAAAACGAGAGGACCAUGGGUGAUGAUAUUUGCCAUUUAAUAAGUCUCCUUCUUAUGCAAAAAAAAGAAAGAAAUGAAACCAUUUUGAGGAAUGAGACCUCUUUCGCGGCUAUUUUUGUACAUUUCUAGUGAAGAAGAAGAAGAAAAAUCUUUCCAGCAUCUUUGCAAUUUUUGGGUGGAAUGAUGAGAGUUUUUCUUUGUUAUACUUUUUAAUAAAUCAGGGGGUAUGUUGUGGUGAAAACUCCUAUAAAAAUAGAGAUUAUUUGUCAAAAAUUUGAUAUUUGUCUAAAAAUUUGACAUUUGUCUCAAUUUUGACAUUUGCAAAUGUCAAAGGACUUCCUGUCAAUUUCAAUGUCUCCUCAUUUUUAAUUUUAUUAAACUUUUUUUGUGCAAUAGUUGUUUUUUCAAACAUUUCCAUAGACUUUAUAAAUAAAUCUACAUACCUACAAUGAAAAGUAAAUUCACCACACAACCUAUUAGGGAAAAUUUUCAAUUAAAAAAAAACUUUUAUUUGUACGUUUUUACUAUUCCUUACAAUAUGUAAUAAAUUAAAUGAAUGAAAGAGGAAAGAAAAACCUCCCCAUGGACCAUUAGAAGUGGGAAGGUUUGCCGAAGGAAAAAAAUCUACCAAAUAUGUGAUAAAAAAUAAUAUUUUCAAAAGGAAAUUGAAGUAAAAAAAAUGUACUUUUCCCCUUAAAUGAAAAAAAAUUUAGUAAUAGAAAUUGAGAAAAAAAAGAAGGAGAUUCUCGAUAACUGAUGCAUAACAAAAAAUAGGAUAAAUACAACAUAAGUUGCCAAAAAAAAUAAUAAAGAAAACACACACAGAGUAUGGAAAGAAACAAUGAUAGUUGGUGGGAAAAGAAAUUGAUAAAAAAGAAUGGAACACAUAAUAAUAAAACAGAAAA